AUGAUGUCAUGUGGUCCUGACUUGCAGGGCCAUUCCGACGACUACUGGUUGUUGAACGAGCGUGAAAAGUUCCUGGUGCAUCAGCUCGAUCUAGAUUACGUGCACAUGUUCCAGAAGCACCCCGGCACGGACGAUGACCUUGUCUACUUCCUUGGGGACCGGUACGAGCACACCAGGACAUGGUCGGCGACCUCCAGACGAAACCCGACAUACCGCCGCAACUCUGGAUUUUAUCUACACAGAGCCAGCUUGCGUAUCAUGACCCCGUGUGAUAAGUUGGCAUCCAUGGGUUGGCCUGUAACCGCAGAGGCUGCUGAGGCAAUGGGCACGAAGCCGCUCCCAGUCAUGGACGCGGAGAGGUCUGCUUCGUUGGUAGGCAAUGCUAUGCACCUGACUCAGGCUCAAUCACAGAACCAAGGAAUCGACAGUGAAGCCGUCAUGCGUCCAACAUCGCGGCCGCCGAAAGCCACGACGAAGGCACCUCCCAAGGCAGCUGCCAAGGUUGCCCUGGUGCCACCUGGCCCAAGACCGGCAGCAGCGCGGCCCAAGGCCGCAUUGGGAGCUCCAGCACCCGCCACAGCUCCUGGUGCGAUGGUUCCGUUUGUGCCUCCGGCUCCUGCCCCAAUGUCCGCAGCUGCAAUGUCUUUGAUGCCCACUCCCACCAUCACGCAUCUCAGCUGA